ACAUCAACAUCCGGGGUUGUUGAGUCGGUGGCCUACGGAAGCCCGCGCUUGGGUCGCGUUGCAUUGCGUUGCUGCUGUAGCAUCCUAGCGGUUGGACUCAAACGCAGAGGCCCGGGACUGACGCCGGUUGAACGGGUCUGGAGACGGCGCUUGGACGAAGCGGCCCGGCCAGACUGAUCAAAAGGAUGGAUUUUACAGAGGCUUACUCAGACACGUGUUCUACGGUUGGACUUGCUGCCAGAGAAGGCAAUGUUAAAAUUCUAAGGAAAUUGCUCAAAAAAGGCCGAAGUGUGGAUGUCGCUGAUAACAGGGGAUGGAUGCCGAUUCAUGAAGCAGCUUAUCACAAUGCUGUAGAGUGUUUGCAGAUGCUAAUUCAUACAGAUUCAUCUGAAAACUACAUUAAGGCAAAGACGUUUGAGGGCUUCUGUGCAUUGCAUCUUGCUGUGAGUCAAGGACAUUGGAAAAUCACACAGAUUCUUUUGGAAGCUGGAGCUGAUCCUAAUGAAACCACUUUAGAAGAAACUACACCAUUGUUUUUAGCUGUUGAAAGUGGACGGAUAGAUGUAUUAAAGCUGUUGCUUCAACAUGGAGCAAAUGUCAAUGGAUCCCAUUCUAUGAGUGGAUGGAAUUCCUUGCACCAGGCUUCUUUCCAGGGAAAUGCUGAGACUAUAAGAUUGCUUCUUAAACAAGGAGCAGACAGAGAAUGCCAAGAUGACUUUGGAAUCACACCUCUGUUUGUGGCUGCUCAGUAUGGGAAGCUAGAGAGCAUGAGCAUACUUAUUUCAUCUGGUGCAAAUGUCAAUUGCCAAGCCUUGGAUAAAGCUACUCCUUUGUUUAUUGCUGCACAAGAGGGUCAUACAAAAUGUGUGGAACUUUUGCUGUCCAGUGGGGCGGAUCCUGACCUUUAUUGUAAUGAAGACAAUUGGCAAUUACCUAUUCAUGCUGCUGCACAAAUGGGCCAUACAGAGACCUUGGACUUGUUAAUACCACGUACUAACCGGGCUUGUGACACUGGACCAGACAAAGUGAGCCCUGUUUAUUCUGCAGUGUUUGGAGGACGGGAAGAGUGCCUGGAAAUGUUACUGCAGAAUGGCUAUAGCCCAGAUGCACAAAUGUGCUUGGUAUUUGGAUUCAGUUCCCCUCUGUGCAUGGCUUUCCAAAAGGACUGUGAUUUUUCUGGAAUUGUGAAUAUUCUUUUGAAGUAUGGAGCCCAGUUAAAUGAACUUCACUUGGCAUACUGCCUCAAGUAUGAGAAGUUUUCAAUGUUUUGCUCUUUUUUGAAGAAAGGUUCCCUGAUGGUACCUUGGAAUCAUACAUCUGAAUUCAUAAGUUAUGCAGUUAAAGCACAAACAAAAUACAAGGCAUGGUUGCCACAUCUCCUGCUUGCUGGAUUUGACCCAUUGAUUCUGCUGUGCAGCAGCUCUUGGGUUGAUUCAGCCAGUGAUGACAUCCUUAUCUUUACUUUGGAAUUUUCUAAUUGGAAGAGACUUCCUUCAGCUGUUGAAAAGAUGCUCUCUGUUCGUGCAAACUCCUCUUGGGCUCUUCAACAACAUUUGGCCUCUGUUCCAAGCCUAACCCAUCUUUGUCGUUUGGAAAUUCGGGCCAGUCUAAAAGCAGAGCACCUUCACUCUGACAUUUUCAUCCAUCAGUUGCCACUUCCCAGAAGUCUGCAGAACUAUUUGCUCUAUGAAGAGGUUUUAAGAAUGAAUGAGAUUCUAGAACCAGCAGCUAAUCAGGAUGGAGAAACCAGCAAGGCCACCUGACACAGGUCCUUUAAUUCUGUUUAGUCACAAAAGACGGCUUGUGUGACUGUUUGGAUUUGGUGAUCAAAUGUCCAUGUUUACAGUUGCUUUUCCCAGUUUGUGUCUUUCCCAAUAUUGUGAACCUUAUCCAUCUUGCCUUACUCAGUUUUAUUUCUAGUGCACUUUGUUGUGUAUUAUUUGUUUACCUGACCAUUUUCUACUUUAUUCUGCUAAUAAACUGUAAUUCUGAUGUGGUGCUGGAUGUGACUUCUUUCUACUUAGGAUUCAUGUUCACCUGUGCUAGAAUCUAAGGAUAGAAUCCAUAAAUUUCCCCAGAAGAAUUUAUAACAUCUGUCCUUUUGAAUUAUAUUUCAUUAUUAUUUUACUUAGGGAUGAAUAUCUUCAAUGUUUAUUAAGAGGAAACUUUCCUCCAUGUUAUAAUCUGUUCUCAGUCCUUAAUUCAAACAUUUUUGUGAGGUGUUGAUACUCUUGCAUUUUCACAUGUAAAAUCAGGAGUCCUUUAAAAAAAAAAAAAAGAACAUAAAAAGUCAGUCAUAUUGUUGAUCUCUCGCCCCCUAGGUUCAUUCUUUCUUUAUACUUUUGGCAAAAGAUACCUGAUUUUUAGUUUGCAAAGACAAGAACACAUCUAAACUCAAAGUCAUACACAGCAUAAACUAUUUUAUGUCAUCUUUAGAAGUAUUUUACUGCACUUAGAAUAUUAAUAAAGAAACCUGAAAAGGACAUUCAUACAGCACUAUCUAUAGGGAAAGAAUGCACACUUUAUUAAUUUAAUGCUAAAUAUAAUAGCCAGGCUUCAUUCAGCUCCAGAAUAAGAGAGCAGCUUUGUUCCUGUUAGUCACCAAUAGUCAAUUAUAUCACAUCAAUAUAAUGUUUUUCUUAAUGUCUGGAUGUAUUUUCAGAUCGUGGAUGAAAUAUGGACCUCAGAAUACUACUGCCUUGUGAAUUUUUACAACUAUUUUAUUUAAACCUCGAGUCAAGAAAAAUCAAACAUGAUCAAAUCAGUUAUUUAGGGAAUUGGAAACUAGCCUUAAGAAGGUACUAGAGUGUUGCUGUCAAUAUAGACAGAACAGGCUGGUUUCUAAAGGAGGCAAGCCUUCAUCUCUUGCCAGCAACCUGAGACUGGGUAGAUCAGCUGGUCGCAUUUUGAUAAGCCCUUGAAAGAAGCAUAAUGUCUUACUGAUAACUGAUUGGGAAGACAAGCUCAUCUUUACAUUCAAGUCUUGUUUUGUGAGGAUAUAAAGUUAGGUAUUGAAAAGUAGGCAGAAAUUCUGAUAGUUCUGGUUAAUAAAGAUAUUCCAAACUUUUAAAAUUUUAUUUUUAAAAUAAUGUGACUUUUAUUUUUCAAACUCUGUAUCAGGUUUUGUUUUUGCUUAUGGCCAAGUGUAUAUAGAGUGCUUUAAAAGAGUUUACCUUUUAAUGUAUUUUGUUCAUGUCCAAAUGUAUUAUAAAACCCUGAUUUCCC